AAUGCCCCUGCAGAGCCGAAUGCAGGUGGAGGCGUAGCGGCUGCAGGUCCGGCCUCUCUGGCGCUGUUCCUGACCAACGUCAAGCUGCUCAACCUCGACCAGCUGCCCGACUGGCCCGGCAUUGCCGCCGAGACAUUUGCGGCCUCGGGCACCACGCUGCAGGACCAGAAGAGGCGAGUACAGUGCGUAGAAUGGGCCUUGUACCAGCUGUUUGUCAUCUGGGAUCCAGACGAGGCGGCGAAUAAGCUGAAGCCAUUCUAUCCACCGAGUGAUCAGCUCCAGUCCGUCAACCUCCGUGCCGCACUCGUCAGAGCCCUUGAGCAAGCCAAGAAAAAUGGCGACCUCGGCCGGGACACCAUCAUCCGCAAGACGAUGCUGGACGAGUGCAAAGGCGAGAGGUUGGAGGAGGUCUUGGCCUUCUUUUCCACCGCUGUCCUGAAAAAAGUGGUUUCAGACAGCCUUGCCACAGGCCGCGGCCAUCUCUCGCCCGCCGUUGAGCUCGCCUUUGAGAACAAGGGCUACAAGAGUGAAAAGUCUCAUUUGAUUGCCCUCUCCAUGGCCCACAAGGCGUCGAUCCGCCAGGUCUUGCGACGCAAAGAAGCAGCCAAAGCUCGAUUCAAAGAUCUUGCCCAUGUCCUGGACGACAAGGAGGACGACAUCAUUCGUAGACGGGAAACGCUCGAAAUCAAAGAGAUGGACGGCGGUGGCCAGACAGUGUCUGACAAUGCCAGAGCCGAGAUGCGAAGGGCUGUACACCAUAACUGGGCCGGUAGCGAGGCCUGGAUGGAGGCUCUGUUGACCGGAGACCCAAAGCACGGCGGCCUUCUUGCUACGGGCUUCGACCGCGUCUGGAGAAGAGCCCAAAAGGGCCGGCUGAACGACCUCGACACCGAUGAUGUUGGCCUCCUGGAGCAACUCGACAGUCGAGUCAAGCUGCAGAAGGAGAGACUCCAUAGAUGGGAUGCCUUCCGCAGGAAUACAUUUGGUGAAGCGGCACCCGUACCGUCCAAGCCCAGGACCUCGUCCGCCAAAACCAAGGGCAUUGACCUUGGCUUCUCAGCCCAUUUAGACCUGCACACUGUGAGAAGAGUCAAGCCAGCGAGAGCUGCGCUGUUCCAGCAUGCGCCCCAGAUGACGGAUGACUAUGCUGCGCUGGUCUCAGAUCUGAAAUACGAGCUGGGGAAAAUCGCAACCAAAGAGGUCAGCACUGCAAGUCUUACGAGGAAGCGGACGCCCGUGAAGCAAGAUCGCCGCGACCGCCGUCUCCUCUCCACCUCAUCCUUCGAGGGCGGCGACGAUGACGAAAUUAGUGAUUUGGAGGACGCUGAAAGUGUAUUCCGCACCGAUGGCUCAGUCACAUCCUUCUCCUCCUUCCAGGAUAAGUUUGCUGUGCCAAGCCGUACUGUGAGACCCGUGAUAUCUCGACCCAGCCUGUCGCAACUUUCUGGCCCCGAGACACCGCCGGUCUUGAAGAAAUGGCCGAGUCAAAAGAACUUCCCUGGGCGAAGCACCUAUGAUUUGACUCAGAUUGACGACUCGCCGCUGGCUACUCCUCCUUCUCCUACGAAAAAGGCUUCAGGGUAUGAUAGCCCGACGCGCCGUCGGUCUCCCCCUGAAAGGACAAAGUCCAUGCCGGGACAAAAGGCAUCAAAUAGCCCUCCACGAUUGCCGUCGACAAAGGCGCCUGAAGACGAUGUUCUUGAGCCUAUCAAGGACAAGACUCCAGCACCUAUGAAGCGCACGAAACCACGGCAUACACUUUCCUUGGCUGAGCGCACUCGACUGUCAAUGAGCCGUAAAAAGUCUCUGUUGUUUGAAGAUGAGGAGCUUGACCCUCCCACUCCUAUAGCCGCUACCACCAAGCCAACGGAUAUCAAAGUCCCUGAGCCAGACUAUUCAGAAGAUCUCGCUAGUCGGACUCGUAAAAGUAUGGCUGGAUUCGAGCAGGCGCAGCAAAAGGCCCAAAUGGAGCGGCGCAGAUCUCUCAGGAGAUCCAAAAUGCCACAGCGAAAAGAAGGUGGCUACUUUCCCACAGUGGAGGAAGAUCUCAACGAAGCCACUCUUUUGCUAGAGCAGCUGGCCGAAGAGGCAGAUAUGGAGGCAGUUUUCCGAUCGCGGCCAAAGGUUGGGCAGAGCUUGCAGCCUAGCCCGACAAGGGAGGAAUGGGGGGAU